CCGGAUGUUUGUUAAUGUCAAUUAGUAAUGUUUGCUCUCAUUCGUGGAGGUGUUCGAAGCUCUGCCUCUCUGAGAGUUGGGCUCCCUGUUGGGUGUUUGAGACCGGCCAGCGCAGCAGCUAGUGAGAAGUCGGACGUGAAAUCGGCGAGAGUGAAGACGUUUCGUAUAUAUCGAUAUGAUCCUUCGAAUUCGAAGAAGAAGCCGUGGAUGCAGACAUACAAAGUUGAUCUUGAUCAAUGUGGACCAAUGGUACUUGACGCACUGAUUAAGAUCAAAAGUGAAGAUGAUCCAACAUUGACAUUUAGGCGAUCUUGUCGAGAAGGAAUCUGCGGUUCCUGCUCGAUGAACGUGAACGGCAGUAAUACUCUAGCGUGUAUCAGUCGCAUCGACACCAACACAUCCAAAGUAUCCAACAUCUACCCUCUGCCACACAUGUACGUAGUGAAAGAUCUAGUACCGGAUAUGUCCGUGUUCUAUGAGCAAUACCAUUCUAUUGAGCCGUACUUGAAGAAGAAGGAUUCGUCGGAAGCCGGGAAAGACCAAUACAGACAGUCUGUAGACGACCGUGCAAAGCUGGACGGUUUGUAUGAGUGCAUUCUGUGUGCAUGUUGUAGCACUUCGUGUCCAUCAUAUUGGUGGCAGGGCGAUAAAUUCCUCGGCCCUGCGGCUCUACUGCAAUCAUAUCGAUGGAUGGUCGACAGCCGGGACGACUUUCAAAGAGAACGACUGGCCAAGAUGAGCGACGAGUCGUCCGUCUAUCCAUGUCAUACCAUCAUGAAUUGCACAAACGUGUGUCCAAAGGGUCUCAACCCAGGCAAAGCGAUCGCAGAAAUCAAGAAGCUGCUGGCCACCACACGACCGUAG